AUGUCGGCUUGAUCGAAAGCGCAGAAUGACUGGCUUGAAACAAAAUGGCCGACAUCCGAUUUGUUUUACGUCAGGCCUACGAAAAAACAUGUGGCUCAAGUCUAAAUAAGCAAGCAUGUGCAAAAAAACCAAUUGUUUGGCAGGUUUAAUGGACAUUACGGUUCCAUUUUUUCUUUCUUGUGUUACGAAAUAUCUCAAGAAGACUUUGGUGUAAAUGACCCGCAUUUUCAACAUUGUGUAACUCAACACAGACUAUGAUUGCAUGUCCUCUUCCUGCCGCAUGAAUUAUUCAACAGGUGAGUGUAAUCCAAACUGACAGCUUGGCGCUUUGCUUGCCAGCUCAGAUUGCUUGUCGUCGUCCCAUUCGACACAAAAAUAUUAGCGGAAAAAUAAAGUACUUUUCUACAAAGUAAACUACACCAGUCUUGCUAUGCAACUAGCCUAGCUUGUGGUAGCUAUUUUUACAUUUAAGGUAACUUCAACUCUAAAAUUAAAAGGCAGGACCAGCAUUUCCUCAAAAAGUGCGCCUAGUCUAACUUGUGGUAGUUAAACGUUGAAAUAGAGUAUAUGCAUUUAUUCAAUCCAAUUUAACAGACACUAGCAAACUUCACCCUCGACUGGUCACCAGUCAGUCUUUGGGCACAGACGAUCAUUCACACUCACAUUCUUUUCUCCGUUACCUCAAUGUAGUGUAAGUCAACAAUUGUACUUGGCACCUGAUGUCCCGAGUUGUGGGAAUUUGAUUCUAUAUUGUAUUGUAGAUUUUUAAGUGAAACGUGUCAUUUUACACUCAGAGGCUCUUUAGCUUCUUUUAUUGACAAAGUAAAAGCACCUGCUCAGCAUGAAAGCUGCCCACAGGGGAGGGCAGCGGUAACCCACGGCAACCAGCAUUGUGUCAACAGAAAUCUUGGACAGACCGCUUGACGCUGCCAUUGGUUGGCCUGACCAAUGAAUGACUUGCACGCUUAGAAUACAGCAAUGAAUUAUGCAAGUGGCAUCACCUUGUGGAGGACUUGAGCUCAUUUGCAGUUUUAGGCAUGGAGAUGCCAGCCUCAUAUGGUCGACCCAAGACGGGCCACUUCCUACCCGCUAUCUCCGCCAUGGGGUUGAGCUACCGAAACACUCAACCUGCCAGCCACAGCGCCAACCAGUGGAGAACCAACAGCUACUACAAGAACGAAGGCACCGUCCCUACUUUACAGCGAAGCAUCCCAGAUCUGAUCCGCACAGAUACCAUGUUCUACCCAUCCAACCGGAGCACGAUGAGCACUCGUUACACACCGGAUGACUGGUUCAAGUCCAACCAGGGCAACUACCGCCAGUCGGAGGCAUCUCGCAACAGUGCAGAGCGGCUCCGGCGUGACACAAUGCGUCUGAUCCAGGACAAGGAGCAGCUGACGCGCCGCAUGCAAGAGAACACCAGCAAGGACAUCGGCGAGCGCCUCAACGACAUUGCCUUCUGGCGCUCGGAACUGAACCACGAGGUGGACAAUGUGGCGGGAGAGACAGCGGCACUGGCCGAGGUCAAGCGACGGCUGGAGAGGGCCUUGGCUGAGACCGAACGACCCCUUCAGGUGUCCCAGGAAUGUCUGUACCACCGCGAGAAGCGCAUGGCUAUCGACCUGGUCCACGACGACGUUGAGAAAGACCUCAUCAAGGAAGUUGAGGUAAUAAAGUCCUGUCAGACUAGGAUGAGGCAACAUCUGGAGAGAGCCACAGCCCAGCUAGCGUUAAACCGUGAGGCGCAGCACGAACUGGAACGAGACCUGAGCAACAAAGUGAUGGCGCAAAGGAUAGACGACCGCUGCCAUAAUCUGAGGAACACUUCGGAUGGCAUCGGCUUCUUCCGCGGAAUCGAACGCCUUGACCCCUCGGUCUCACUGCCGGAGUCGUGGUCCAAGUUCACCGACAACAACGUUCUGCGCUCGCAGAGCCAGCGUGCCGCCUCGCGCAAACUUCGCGACGAGAUCGAAGUGCUGCUCAGCGCCACCUCCAGCGAAAUGUGGAGUCAGUUCAACAAUGUCAACGUGUCCUUCACCGGUCGCGUGGCACAGACGGCCGACGCUCGCAACAGCCUUCAGGCCCAUCUCGCCAAGACCAUGCAGGAGAUCUACCAGACGGAGAUGGUGAUAGAGUCCCUGAAAAAGGCUCUGCGGGACAAAGAGAGUCCAUUGAAGGUGGCUCAGACCAGGCUGGAAGAGCGCACCCGCCGGCCCAACGUGGAGCUCUGCAGGGACAACCCGUACCACAGGUUGGUGGAGGAGGUUCGAGAGAUUGAGGACACCAUCCGCAAGCUGCAGGAGAGGCUGCUCGAAGCCGAGGGCAGCCUCCAGUCUCUGCUGAGGACCAAAGUCACGUUGGAGCAUGACCUCUCUAUCAAGGCCAACUCACUCUUCCUGGACCAGGAGAAGUGCAUGAGCAUACGCAAGACCUUCCCCAGCGUACCGCGACUCACGGGAUACACUUGAGCAAUAUUAGUUUACAGUCAAUUACAAGGUGUGGGAGGUCAUUGCAUGAUAAUAAAUAACAUGUGAGUGUUAUUACUUUUGUGUGAGUUCCUGGACUGGAAUGCAAGACCCCAAAAAAGCCUAAUAGUAUGUUAUGCGUGAAACACCAGUAGAUGAAAUAAAAACAGGAAAACAAAGUUGGAGUUGUCGCCACCACCAUUGUGAGCAUUGACGGACUUAACGUCACACCUUAUCCAUGUAUUUUGGCUACUGCUAAUGGACUAUAAAAAUUGCAUGUUUAUCACUCGUGUAGGAACAUACUCUUUCACAUUUGUGAUCUUAAUCUGACCAGAGUGUCACCUCAUGGUCAAGGCCAACAUGUAUACACGUAAACACUCACACGCAUCUAUCAGCAGCUUUACGAUGACUCGGCACUUCGCUUCGAAUGGCGACGCCGCAAUCGGCCCCGCCCGCACACCGGUUCACGCCGACCUAUCGGGGCCUAUCCACGCCGUGAUUGAGUCGCCGCCACCGCCCUGAGCGUGGGGCAGGGUUUGCGGACAGUUGCAGCAUACUAAUGCUUUUAAAAUCAAUAGAUGAGCAGGCACAAAUCUAAAUGCGCAGGCGUGGUUCGCCAUUUGUGACACUGGAGGGAGCGACUGUACUGAUAAAACUGAGAACUGUGUGUGUGUGUGUUUUGCCAUUGUAUUUCUGCGUGUUUGUGUGCCGCUUGCACUUUGCUUUGGGUGUAAUUUUUUACAGCCUCUCUGUUACCGUGCUGUGCAAACAACACCGGGAGCUACAUGGCGUCCUCAGCGCGUGUGUGUUUAAUAGAGGUGUGUCUACAUGCACACGCAGAAACAUUC